AGAGGCAACGAGAAGGAGAAAGCGGCAGUUCCGGUGCCGCCGCCGCGGCCGCUGAGGUCUCGGGCUGCUGCCGCCGCGGCUGCUGGGGCUGGGGCGGCCGGCGAGGCAGGGCUCGGGCCCGGCCGGGCAGCUCCGGAGCGGCGGGGGAGAGGGGCCCGGAGGCGGGGGCCGCGCCGCCGGCUCUCCUCUCCCUCGGCGCCGCCGCCGCCGCCGCCCGCGGGGCUGGGACCCGAUGCGGCUGGAGCCGCGGAAGCUGGAGCAGCUCCGAGCAUUUCUGCUUUGGGACAGCCACACAUCUAAUUCCUUAAAGUAGUUUUAUAUGUAAAACUUAUAAAGGAUCGGAACAAUGCCUCCAAGACCAUCAUCAGGUGAACUGUGGGGCAUCCACUUGAUGCCCCCAAGAAUCCUAGUAGAAUGUUUACUACCAAAUGGAAUGAUAGUGACUUUAGAAUGCCUCCGUGAGGCUACAUUAGUAACUAUAAAGCAUGAACUAUUUAAAGAAGCAAGAAAGUACCCUCUCCAUCAACUUCUUCAAGAUGAAUCUUCUUACAUUUUCGUAAGUGUUACCCAAGAAGCAGAAAGGGAAGAAUUUUUUGAUGAAACAAGACGGCUUUGUGAUCUUCGGCUCUUUCAACCCUUUUUAAAAGUAAUUGAGCCAGUAGGCAACCGUGAAGAAAAGAUCCUCAAUCGAGAAAUUGGCUUUGCUAUCGGCAUGCCAGUGUGUGAAUUUGACAUGGUUAAAGAUCCAGAAGUACAAGACUUCCGAAGAAAUAUUUUGAAUGUUUGUAAAGAAGCUGUGGAUCUUAGGGAUCUUAAUUCACCUCACAGUAGAGCAAUGUAUGUUUAUCCUCCAAAUGUAGAAUCUUCACCAGAAUUGCCAAAACACAUAUAUAAUAAAUUAGAUAAAGGGCAAAUAAUAGUGGUGAUUUGGGUAAUAGUUUCUCCAAAUAAUGACAAGCAGAAGUAUACUCUGAAAAUCAACCAUGAUUAUGUGCCAGAACAAGUAAUUGCUGAAGCAAUCAGGAAAAAAACUCGAAGUAUGUUGCUAUCAUCUGAACAACUAAAACUUUGUGUUCUAGAAUAUCAGGGCAAAUAUAUUUUAAAAGUGUGUGGAUGUGAUGAAUACUUCCUAGAAAAAUAUCCUCUGAGUCAAUAUAAGUAUAUAAGAAGCUGUAUAAUGCUUGGGAGGAUGCCCAAUUUGAUGCUCAUGGCUAAGGAAAGCCUUUACUCGCAACUGCCAAUGGACUGUUUUACAAUGCCAUCUUAUUCCAGACGCAUCUCCACAGCUACACCAUAUAUGAAUGGAGAAACCUCUACAAAAUCCCUUUGGGGUAUAAAUAGUGCACUCAGAAUAAAAAUUCUUUGUGCAACCUAUGUAAAUGUAAAUAUUCGAGACAUUGACAAGAUUUAUGUUCGAACAGGUAUCUACCAUGGAGGAGAACCCUUAUGUGAUAAUGUGAACACUCAAAGAGUACCUUGUUCCAAUCCUAGGUGGAAUGAAUGGCUGAAUUAUGACAUAUACAUUCCUGAUCUUCCUCGUGCUGCUCGGCUUUGCCUUUCCAUUUGUUCUGUUAAAGGUCGAAAAGGUGCUAAAGAGGAACACUGUCCAUUGGCGUGGGGAAAUAUAAACUUGUUUGAUUAUACAGAUACUCUAGUAUCUGGAAAAAUGGCUUUGAAUCUUUGGCCAGUACCUCAUGGAUUAGAAGAUUUGCUGAAUCCUAUUGGUGUUACUGGGUCAAAUCCAAAUAAAGAAACCCCAUGCUUAGAGAUGGAGUUUGACUGGUUCAGCAGCAGUGUGGUAAAGUUUCCAGAUAUGUCAGUGAUUGAAGAGCAUGCCAACUGGUCUGUGUCCCGAGAAGCAGGAUUUAGUUAUUCCCAUGCAGGACUGAGUAACAGACUAGCUAGAGACAACGAAUUAAGGGAAAAUGAUAAAGAACAGCUCCGAGCAAUUUGUACCCGAGAUCCUCUCUCUGAAAUCACUGAGCAGGAGAAAGAUUUUCUUUGGAGCCACAGACACUAUUGUGUAACUAUCCCUGAAAUUCUACCCAAAUUGCUUCUGUCUGUUAAAUGGAAUUCUAGAGAUGAAGUAGCUCAGGUAAAUGCAUGUUUGAGAUUCCUGAAUAACUGUUGCUCGGAUUGUUUCCUCUCACAAAGUCUGCAUAACUAUGAGAUGUACUGCUUGGUGAAAGACUGGCCUCCAAUAAAACCUGAACAAGCUAUGGAGCUUCUGGACUGCAACUACCCAGACCCUAUGGUUCGAAGUUUUGCUGUUCGAUGCUUAGAAAAAUAUUUAACAGAUGACAAACUUUCUCAGUAUCUAAUUCAGCUAGUACAGGUCCUGAAAUAUGAACAGUAUUUGGAUAACCUGCUUGUGAGAUUUUUACUCAAAAAAGCGUUGACUAAUCAAAGGAUUGGGCACUUUUUCUUUUGGCAUUUAAAAUCUGAGAUGCACAAUAAAACAGUUAGUCAGAGGUUUGGCCUGCUUUUGGAAUCCUACUGCCGUGCAUGUGGGAUGUAUUUGAAGCACCUGAACAGGCAAGUCGAGGCUAUGGAAAAGCUCAUCAACUUAACUGACAUUCUCAAACAAGAGAAGAAGGAUGAGACUCAAAAGGUACAGAUGAAAUUUUUAGUUGAGCAGAUGCGGCGACCAGAUUUCAUGGAUGCUCUACAGGGCUUUCUGUCUCCUCUAAAUCCUGCUCAUCAAUUAGGAAAUCUCAGGCUUGAAGAGUGUCGAAUUAUGUCCUCUGCAAAAAGGCCACUGUGGUUGAAUUGGGAGAACCCAGACAUCAUGUCAGAGUUACUCUUUCAGAACAAUGAGAUCAUCUUUAAAAAUGGGGAUGAUUUGCGGCAAGAUAUGCUAACACUUCAAAUUAUUCGCAUUAUGGAAAAUAUCUGGCAAAAUCAAGGUCUUGAUCUUCGAAUGUUGCCUUAUGGCUGCCUGUCCAUUGGGGACUGUGUGGGGCUCAUUGAGGUGGUGAGAAACUCUCACACCAUCAUGCAGAUCCAGUGCAAAGGGGGCCUGAAAGGGGCCCUGCAGUUCAACAGCCACACGCUGCACCAGUGGCUCAAGGACAAGAACAAAGGGGAAAUAUACGAUGCAGCCAUUGAUCUGUUUACACGUUCAUGUGCUGGAUAUUGUGUCGCUACCUUCAUUUUGGGAAUUGGAGAUCGUCACAAUAGCAACAUCAUGGUUAAAGAUGAUGGACAACUGUUCCAUAUAGAUUUUGGACACUUUUUGGAUCACAAGAAGAAAAAAUUUGGUUAUAAACGAGAACGUGUGCCAUUUGUUUUGACACAAGAUUUCUUAAUAGUGAUUAGUAAAGGAGCCCAGGAAUGCACCAAGACAAGAGAAUUUGAGAGGUUUCAGGAGAUGUGUUACAAAGCUUAUCUAGCUAUCCGGCAGCAUGCCAAUCUCUUCAUAAAUCUUUUCUCAAUGAUGCUUGGCUCUGGGAUGCCAGAACUACAAUCUUUUGAUGAUAUUGCAUACAUUCGAAAGACCCUAGCUUUAGAUAAAACUGAGCAAGAGGCUUUGGAAUAUUUCAUGAAACAAAUGAAUGAUGCACAUCAUGGUGGCUGGACAACAAAAAUGGAUUGGAUCUUCCACACAAUUAAGCAGCAUGCUUUGAACUGAAUGAUCACUAAGAAAUUGAAAGCUCGAUAUUGGAUUCUAGUCUGCACUGUUAAUAACUGUCAACAGGCAAAGACUGAUUGCAUAGGAAUUGCACAAUCCAAGAACAGCAUUAGAAUUUACAGCAAGAACAGAAAUAAAAUACUAUAUAAUUUAAAUAAUGCAAAUGCAAACAGGGUUUGAUAGCACUAAACUAGUUCAUUUCAAAAUUAAGCUUUAGAAUAAUGCGCAAUUUAAUGUUAUGCCUUAAGUCCAAAAAGGUAAACUUUGAAGAUUGUUUGUAUCUUUUUUUAAAAAACAAAACAAACAAAAAAAACCCCAAAAUAUAUAGAAAUGAUGGAGAAGGAAAAAGAAUGAUGCUCUUUUUUGUCUUGCAAAUGUUCUAUGUUUUGAAAUGUGGACACACAAAGUCUAUUAUUGCAUUAGGUCCAGGUAAACUGGAGUUUGAUGUUAAAUUACAUUAAGAUGGGAAAUAAUGAAAUUUCUUACUUUUUUUUUUCAUUGCUGUUCAACUUAUAGUUUGAAGUGGGUUUUUGACUCCUUGUUUAAUGAAGAAAAAUGCUUGGGGUGGAAGGGACUCUUGAGAUUUCACCAGAGACUUUUCUUUUUUAAUCAAACCUUUUGAUGAUUUGGGGUCUUAUCUGCAAAGUUUUGGAAGCAGUCACAAAUGAGACCUGUUAUAGGGUGGCUUUUGGGUUUUUUUCUGGACAGUAUUUGCAAGAAUCUGAUUCUUAUUUCCCAGGGAAAUUCUGGGGGCCCAUAAAGUAAAAUAAUCAUAGAGAAAGAAUGAGCAGGAAUAGUUCCUGCUUCAGAAUUGUACAGUAUUCACCUUAAGUUGAUUUUUUUUCCUCCUUUUGCAAUUGAUGAAUUGAAUACAUUUUUCAUGCAUGUUUUCCAGAAAAAUAGAAGUGAGUAUUAAUGUUAUUAAAAAGAUUAUUUUUUUUAUUAAAGGCUAUUUAUAUUAUAGAAACUAUCAUUAAUAUAUAUUCUUUAUUUCAUGAUCUGUCCCAUAGUCAUGCAUUGUUUUGCACCCCAAAUUUUUUAUUGUUCAUAUCAGCAAUGGUCAGCUCUUCUCUUGGUCUUUGGAGAAGGCUCAGGCACUAUCCCAUUUAUACCAAUACUAGUGAAUAACUACUUAAAGAAAACAGAUUAAAGUUUAUCCUUAUUUUUCUUUCUCUUUUUACAUGAAUCCCCCAUCUUCCAUCCUCUUUUAUAGUUCAGAAUGCCUCAAUCAUAUGAAAUUAGUUACCAAAAUUAAUACAAUUUAGAGUAUCUUCCUGAUUGCUUAAACCCUCUACAGAGGUAUGCUCAUGAAUAAUACUUUAUAAUAUGGGGAAAUAGAAACCAUGAACUUUUUACCAUUUCAGGCUAUUUAUCCAAUAUCUCAAUAAUAAAAGCAGGAUUAUGUCCCAUUUCCAAGUGGUCAGGGCUCACUCUCCAUUUUCAUUAAAUUGCAGUUGAGCACAGGAUACAUUCUUAAACAUUUUGAAAAACAUUAACCCAAGAUGUAGGGGCUAAAGCUAGUCAUCACUCCAGAAUCUGAUAUUUUACUCAGUAUUUGAAAUGAAUGAUUAAUUCCCUAGGAAAUAGUUUUAGCAAAUGUUCAGGUGCCACACCAGAGAAAGUGCAAUAAUUUACUGACAGUUUUCUAGAUUAGGCAUAUUAUUGGAAUACAACUUUAUAAAGAGCACACAUUGUAUACUCUAGUGAAACAGCAUCACUAAAAUAUCUUCACUUAUGAAAUCAGUUACCUAUAGUCUUGAAUAGUGAACAAGGACUCUAAUACAAAUACUCUUAAUAUUUGGCUAUUUUAGAACCCUUAAAGGGUGUAAUUAUUGAAGAUUUAGGUACUUCACUAAGGCAUGUAUAUAAUAUUGCCAAGAGGAAAAAUAAAUUUGAAGAUAUGGGGAACUUAUUUCUCUAAACUGUCUUGGAAUAGUUCAGAAGAAUUUAAACUCUAUUAAGCAGGAAAACAAUCUAUUCUUUUGCAGAAAAUUUCAUAACUUAUUAAAACUUCAUCAUUCAUAUUUUGUGUCUUAGAUCUAUUCAGUUAUAAUACAUACUACCAUCCCAGUCUUUUCUGUAUCAGGAAUUGAUUACAGGAAAACUCACUGAAAUGAUACAAGUCUGAGACUCUGUUGGUGGAAAGUGAAGUUUUAACAGUACCAACCGUGUUUUACCUGAGUGCCAAAAAAGCUUUGAGCUUCCUUGCACAGAAUUUAUACAAUUUUUGCUCUUUCCACAUUAAUUCAGUUAGUCCACUUGCCCUGGGACCUCUCCACCAUUAAAACACAUGCCACAUACCAUAUUUCAUCAUUGACAUUUAUUUUCAAGACUUAUUACAACCAAAUUAAGUCUGUUUGAGAGGUUUAAAUAAAUUUUAUAAAGAAUAGAGAUUAAGUGAUCUAGCUAAAAGCAAAGUAAAUAUUAAACAAAUCCAAGCAGAGUUUAAGCAGACAGCAUUAAAAAUAAGAAAAAAGGGACAGGUGGUUCUCAGAAGACAAAGAACCAAAAACUGAAUUAAAUGCUAUAUGGGAGACUAGGAUGUUUUAAAUUAUGACAACAUAGUUGCUUCCAGGUACUUUAGUAUCAGAGAUCAAUUCCAAUUGAUCACUUCCUAUGGCCAGCCAUACGUCAUUGAAUGUGGUAUAACUGUUGGCUCUACAGUUUCAUUUGGUCACUUGAGCAAUAUUUCCUUCAAUGACUAUUUUGGAGGGGGGGGAGGAGUAGGUUUAAAGAAAGUAAGACCUAAUUUUAAACACAUUCUAGCAAGAAAUAACCCACUGUUCAAAAAUCAUGCUUUAACUUUUUGUUACAUUCUCAGCUAUACAAAAUUGUGUAUUUUAAAAUUUUUUACACUGCUGUUAAUUUGAAAUCUGUUAAUCAUAUUGUGGAAUUUGGUGUGUUUUUUUAAAAGAUGUUUCUAAUUGGAUUUUUUAAUCAAGAAUGGAAUUUGGUCUCUAUUUUCUGAUAGAACCUAAGCUUUUUGUGGUUCUUAGUGUCCUGUGUAAAACUUAGUGUCAAAGUAAUCAACUUUGAGGUUUUCCCUUCUACUCUGCUUUAUAUUACAAGCCCUUUAGGAAAUGGAACCUGGUGAAUAUACAAUGAAUUGUAAAAUAUUUUAAUGUGUAACUUUUUCAACUGUGAAACUAUGACUAUUGGUUUUUUGAUGAAAACAACUGCUGAUAAAGUAUUUUGUGUAAAGUGUAGUUCUUAUUAGUCAGGAAAAUAAUCAGUGACUUGAUUAGAAUGUAUAUACCCUCUUGGAUUUUAUUUUAAGUGGAUUGGUAAUUUUCACAUAGGUAAAACACAGUCCAACUGUAUUUUUUCCAUCAAAAACCGUGAUUUGGCAUUCUUAAAAAAUUAUGAGCAGCCCAUCUAUUCUAAAGGCACCAUGGAAAUUUCACAGCAUAUAAACCUGAAUUUGUUUCUUAAUGAUUUUAUAAAUCCAUUUAAUUCAUAUCCUGGCUAUUGCCUAUGCUUGUCAGCUCUUUGGAGAAAUUUAAUUCCUAGCAUUAGUUUAAAGCCAGCAGGUUAACUUUUUGUGAAAGUUAUAAAGUUCCUUUUGUUUCAUUGCCUGCACCAACAGCAGACCUGGGCUGGACCCACACACUCAGAAUCCACCUUAAAAAAUUAAUUUUGAUGUCCAGGACAUCACUGUAGUAUUUCAAUGGAAAGGCCAUAUAUGGUGUUAAUGGAUUGUGGUGCUUCUACUAUUUAAAAACAACUUUCAUACUUCAGAUGUGUUUGAGAAGAGGGGAAUCGGGGGUGAGGGGGGUGCAAAACAGGGAGGAGUUGUUUGAAUGAAUUACAUUCUUCAUAUCCUGCUCAGAUGUGGCAUGAAAGAAGGCUGAAAGUUGUGAGAAUAUAUUGUGCAUACCACAAGGGAAUUAACCCUUCAUCAAGGAUGGGAUUGUGAAGGCUGAACUAUAAGAUUCAGCAUUGACAGGAUACUCAGAUAAUCAUUCUUGGUGACAGAAUAAUACAGCUGGGCUGUUUGUUUUUUUUAAAUAUAAACACAAACCAUUUUUAUUUUUUAAUUAUUACAUUAAAAAUUGUAAAUGAAUCUUAUGUGCCAUGGCCUGGAAAGCCUUUUUUCUUUUCUGUUAAACGUUAUGUUCACUUUCUGAAAAGACUAGGGCUUAGCUCAAGGUAACUGUGGUCCUGAUAAAAUUAGAUUGGUAACUCUACCUCAGAAGGUUAAUAAGGAAAAAAAAUAGAUGAGUCACAAUCCAAUACUUUAGGCUCUGAUAUUACCGAAAUUUGCAGAGCACUGUAUUUGAGAUUUAUAGUCAGAGUUGGCAUGCCUCGUUUUUAACGGCAUUGGAGACAUUAAGAAAAAAAAAAAUUGGUUAAAAAUUUAAUCAUUGCUCCAGCCAUUUGGCAAAGGCAUAGUGCUAGGAGGUUCAUGGUACUAGGUUCUUGAAUUUGAUAUUUAAAAUUAGUUGUGUUCUCUUUUCUUAAUUAUUAGUGAAAUUAAAGUGUGUAUAUGUGCACACAUUUCUAUUUGUAUACACGCUGCUUGCUAGUUCUAGUCAAGGGGCAUCUUUUAUAAAAGAUGUAAACAUCCAGGUUCUAAAAUUCAGAAGAGUUUAGAAUUUAUUAGGAGUUUCCCAAGUUGGGAUGGUAGUUUUUAAAUAAGCUUAUUUCAUUCAAGUAUUCCACUUGAUUAAAGUUUUGCACUUCCUUUUUAUCAAUGCAGCACCAUUCCUUUUGCUUAGAUAUGUUAAUAUUUUAGAUAUGUUAAUAUUACAGCCAUGCUGGCUAGCAUAUAGUGACAGUUAUGAGCCAUCAGGAAAUUUUCUGACUUAAUUUUUACACAAUUACAUAUAAGUUUCAACAGGAAAGGGGAAAAAAAAAAACAAUAAAAGCAGUCCCUUUUACAUUUAGUAUAGUUGGGUAACUGAUUUUCACUACUAACUGUAAACUCCAUUCCACAAGUUGGUAAGUAUGGAAAGGGGCUUUUUAAAUGUACUUUGUAAGCUAUUCAGGUCUAUGAAUCUAUCUGAAAUCAUUUAAUUUGUCACUACAAUAAUUUUGUGGUUAUGCUAAGAGACAUGUACAUUUUUUAAGUGAAAAGUUUUUCGUUAAUACUUCUAAGUUAGGAAGGAGGCAGAAAACCAACUUUGAUAUUUUCUCAAAAUAUCUUUAAUAAGACUGAACUCCUUAAUUCUAGUGUAAAUUUCCAAAUGUGGUCAUUACCUAUUGAUUUCAUAAGAAACGGCCCCUUACCAGAUUUAAUGUAUGUUCCUAUGAGUGGUCAGUGAAGUUGGCCUUCCUCUGACUUCAAAUGCAAUCAAUGGUUUAAAUAUGAUUUUGUCCUUGUACUUAAGUUGAAUAAAACCUAAAAGAAUGUGUCCUUUUGGAACAUAACACUUUAACAGCUUGGGGAAUGUGGCACUACCAAGACUACUAACCCAUCAAAUGUUGACUUUGGGAAUUUUAAAAAUAGCUCCUACCACCCUUUUUAGCCCCACUUAAUGUAGCAAAUCGAUCUCACUCUAUUUUGUCAUUCAAUGAAUUGAAGUCCUGUGGUAUACUGCAUUCGUUAGGAGAAAAAUGUUUUUAAAUGUUCCUUUAAUGAUGGCCCAAAAAGUAUUUGACACAGCAAGAUGCAUGUGUUAUUCUACUGAGAAUAUAGAAUAAUAGUGUCACUAAAUUUAAGACCUCUUCCCAGUCUUGCUGUUCCUAGCAAGAAGCUUGGCCUGUGACUGCACUUAUGUUUGUGCUCAUCAGAAACUGUCAAUGUCUGCUUUUCUUUAACUUCGUAGUCUGUAACAUCACAUUGUUUAUUAAAAAAAGAAAAUUACUUUGA